UCCCCUUGCUCUCUGCCGCAGCCCCGAGCCAUGAUGAAGACCCUGUCCAGCGGAAACUGCACGCUGAGCGUGCCUGCCAAGAACUCGUACCGCAUGGUGGUGCUGGGGGCCUCUCGGGUGGGCAAGAGCUCCAUUGUCUCCCGCUUCCUCAACGGCCGCUUCGAGGAUCAGUACACGCCCACCAUCGAGGACUUCCACCGCAAGGUCUACAACAUCCGUGGCGACAUGUACCAGCUUGAUAUCCUGGACACGUCCGGCAACCACCCCUUCCCAGCCAUGCGCAGGCUCUCCAUCCUCACAGGCGACGUCUUCAUCCUGGUCUUCAGCCUGGAUAGCCGGGAGUCCUUCGACGAGGUCAAGCGUCUCCAGAAGCAGAUCCUGGAGGUCAAGUCGUGCCUGAAGAACAAGACCAAGGAGGUGGCCGAGCUGCCCAUGGUCAUCUGCGGCAACAAGAACGACCACGGCGAGCUGUGCCGCCAGGUGCCCAGCACCGAGGCCGAGCUGCUGGUGUCCGGCGACGAGAACUGCGCCUACUUCGAGGUGUCGGCCAAGAAGAACACCAACGUGGACGAGAUGUUCUACGUACUCUUCAGCAUGGCCAAGCUGCCCCACGAGAUGAGCCCCGCCCUGCAUCGCAAGAUCUCUGUGCAGCACGGCGACGCCUUCCACCCCCGGCCCUUCUGCAUGCGCCGCGUCAAGGAGAUGGAUGCCUACGGCAUGGUCUCUCCCUUCGCCCGCCGGCCCAGCGUCAACAGCGACCUCAAGUACAUCAAGGCCAAGGUCCUGCGGGAGGGCCAGGCCCGGGAGCGGGACAAGUGCACCAUCCAGUAGUGGGCGUGGGGACGCUGGGACGGGCGGCUCGGGCACUGCCUUAGUUAGACCCAGACGCCUGCCACCUGCCGCUGUGUCCGAGGACCUUGAGCAUGGGCCGGAGGGGGCCAGGGCCACCCACUGUAUGUGCUCCGGCCUCCUCGCCCCUUCCGGGAGCCCUGGCUCCCGUGGCUUCCCUGCUGCUCCCACUCCCGGCGGAUCUUGGAGCAGGACGCCAGGCUGGCAGACGGUGGAGCCUGGGCUGGCUGGUGUGUUCCUGUUCUUGAGCCAGCAUCAAGCCUCACGGCAGAGGGGCCAGGACUCCUGCGUCCAGCAGGGCCUCCGGCAUAGGCCACGGGAUAGAGGUCUCCUGGAGGGUGGGGCCCGGCUAGGAGAGACCCCUUUGCCCGAGGCCCCUGUCCUGAAAUGCCCAUCCUCUGGCUGGCUGUUCCCGCUGCCCCCAGGAUCACCCCUUGCCCACCCUGACGUCGAGCCAGCGGUCUCUGUGUUUGGAGUGGAGAUGGCCACCUUCCAUCCAUCUCCUGGUCCACGUCCAUCUCCAAGCCCAUGCCUACCGCCGGGGCGCAUGUGUGUCCCGGGCCACCCUCCUGUUUCAGACAUGUCUGUGUCCCAGGUCACAGCUGUGUCCCAGACCACACACCCUGCCCCUGGAAGCCCCACCCCCACCCUCUGAUGAUUGUGUUUCUUUGCUGCAGCUGUCCUGGUGUGUCAGGCAGAAUGGAAAUCAUUGUACUGUAAAAACCCUGUCACCCUGCCCCCCACCAGGCCCCUCUGCUUCUCCUGGGGACACCUUCCUCCCUCCUCCCAGAGAGGGCCCCGGUCCUGUCUGCAGCUGGACACAGCAGCCCUGAGCUGAGCAUCCUGGUUUACAGAGCCUUCAGGCAAG